AUGGAACCAUCUCUUGGACGGGUAGUCUACCUCGACUCCAACCUCGUCCACGUCGACGACAUCGCGAAAGUCGCGGCAACGCCGCUCCCGAACGGGGCCGUGCUGGCGGCGCCGGAGUACUGCAACGCCAACUUCACCACCUACUUCACGCCGACGUUCUGGUCCAGCCCUUCUCUCUCUCUCUAACCUUCCAACAGAAAACCAUGCUACUUCAACACCGGAGUUAUGGUGAUCGAUCUCCAGAGAUGGAGGGCCGAAGAUUACACCACCAAGAUUGUCGAGUGGGUGGGGCUUCAGAAGAGGAUGAGAAUUUACGAGCUGGGCUCUUUGCCACCAUUCUUGCUCGUGUUUGCCGGAAACAUAGCUCCGGUUGAUCAUCGGUGGAACCAGCACGGACUCGGCAGCGAUAACUUCCGUGGCCUCUGCCGUGAUUUGCACCUCGGUCCGGUGAGCCUGUUGCAUUGGAGUGGGAAUGGGAAGCCGUGGGCCCGGCUCGACUCGAACCGGCCCUGCCCGCUCGAG